UCAACUCAUCAAUGGGUGGCGAAAAUAGCUGUAAAAAUCGAUUUAUCUAAUCAAAACAGAAAACACUUCUGUCUCGCUCUAGAUAAAACAGACAUCAUAUUCCUUUAUUUAAUCUUAUAAAUGUUAUUGCCUAGCAAUAAUAAUAGCUUGUCAUCAUGGGCAGUCAAUCGAGAACUAAACCAAGGUGGCUAAAAAUCUGACGCAGUGUAAUCUAGGCGUUGCUACUGUUUCACUCCCCCUUGAGCAGCAAGGACUGUAGUUUACGAGAGAACACAGGCAGAGAGAUGAGCGAGGCACAAGGAGGAGAGACUUUGCCCGCUGUUUGAUUUCAUUCAUUGUUUUUUAGAUAAUGGGACGCGCUUGGAUGCCAACAUACUGGAGAAUGUGCUGGCGGGGCCAGCCCAACCGCCUGGGUUUUAAAAUUGACUUGAAAUAGCGGUAGGUUUCACUGUUCCUUGUGCGGUCCGCGGCCGUAGAUAAAGAUGCGUGAAACACUGCUGGCUAGGUCCAGCCGUCCUGAUACGAUUGAAAAGCAUGAUGUUUUCUUGUUCUUGCUCGAAAUGGAAUUACUGUCGUUUUCUCUGUUUGGAUUGUUCAUGAUAAGAACACUAAUCGAUUAAACAAGGGCACCUAGACCAACAUGUUGCCAGGAUAAUUGAUUAUUCCUCCCAAUGAAAACAAGGAGGAGGUGUCGGUCUGCAAAACCAUGGAGGACAAGGAGAACAAUCUCAAAACGGCUAAAUUGUGGAGAGAUGCUGCUCUCCGCUCUAGGAAGCUGCGAAGCAACCUGCGACAGCUCACCCUCUGCUCCAAAAACAGGGAGAAGAUCAUUCUACCUGAAAAUAUAAGCGAGAUAGAGGUACUCAAUCUGGGCAAUAACUCGCUGUAUGAGCUACCAGAAGGAUUGGGGGCAAGCCUUACAAACCUGCGUAGCCUUAUCCUCCGCAGGAACAAAUUUAUCACAGUUCCUUUUGUGGUGUUUGAACUGGGUCGGCUUGUGGAACUGGACAUGAGCCACAACUGCUUGGGCCACUUCUCUGAGGAUAUAGGCCUGCUGAAGGGGCUGAAAAAACUCUGCAUCAGUCACAACAACAUCCAGUACCUGCCGUCACAGAUUGGGGCACUGCAGUACUUAGAGGAGCUGGACAUAAGCUUCAAUGACAUAUGUGAUUUCCCCAGGUCCUUCUCACAGCUCAAGAGGCUCCGUACUCUGGAUGCCGAUCACAACAAGCUGAACCAGUUUCCCCUGGAGAUUCUUGCCCUAAGUGACCUGGAGGAGCUCGACUGCUCAGGGAAUAAGUUUGCGUGUCUACCAGGGGACAUCAUUAAGCUGCAGUCCAUCAAGAUCCUGUGGCUCAGCAGCAUUCACAUCUCCACGUUACCGGACACGUUCUGUCACCUGCACAACCUAGAGAGCCUGAUGCUAGACAGUAACAACCUCGCAGCUCUGCCUUAUUCCUUUGGCAACCUGCAGAGACUUAAAAUGGUCAAUCUAUCCUCUAAUGAGCUUGAGGAGUUUCCCCAGGUUAUCCUAAACAUCACAGGACUAGAAGAGCUUUACCUGAGCAGAAAUAAACUGUCUUUUGUCCCAGAGGAGAUAGGCCAGCUGCGUAGGCUGGCUAACCUCUGGUUAGACAAUAAUAAGAUUACUUAUCUGCCCGACUCCAUUGUGGAGCUAGAUAGAUUGGAAGAGCUUGUUUUACAGGGUAACCAAAUAGCCAUACUUCCAGAUAACUUUGGAAAACUCUCCAAGGUAAACAUUUGGAAAGUGAAGGAUAACCCGCUCAUUCAGCCUCCCUAUGAGGUCUGUAUGAAGGGGAUCCCCUACAUCGGUGCUUAUCAAAAGGAACUCGCACAUUCCCAGCUGGCUGUGAAACCCAGGUUAAAACUGGUCCUGAUGGGAAUGAAAAACGCUGGAAAAACACUGCUCAGGCAGAGUGUGGUGAGUGAGCAGCAGGAUGCCAACUCUGCUCAGGGAAACAAAGGGGUUGAUGUGACUAACUGGGUAGCGGACGCCGAUCGCAGUCUUACAUUUUUAGUGUAUGACCUGUCAGGGAAGCCAAACUAUGACCUCAUCAAACCUUUUUUUCUCUCACCCGGUGCUCUGUACAUCCUCGUUGUGAAUCUGAAAACAUACUCACCCAAUAACUUUUACGCCCACGUGGGUUACUUCCUCCAUCUCCUCAGUGCCAAAGUGCCCCAUGCUGUGGUCUGCAUGGUGGGCACGCACACAGACCUGUGUGGAGACAUAGAGGUGGAGGGGAAGAGCCUGGAUAUCCACAGACAGAUUGCCCUGCAGGAGAAGUGGGACACCCAUUGCCUCCGGAGCCUUGCCCAGCAGGUGGACCAGGCCCUGGAGCAGGGCUACAACGUCCGCACCUCCAGCCCUCACAUCCUCUUCUACGGCGUCACAGACAAGAACCUGAGACGGAAGAAAGCCCAGCUGCAGUACAUGCUAAACCACAGGCUACAGAUCCUGUCCCCUGUCCUGUGUGUCAGCUGCAUGGAGAGCCAGAUAAAUAUCCAGAGGCUGAAGGAGAAGCUCAUGUCAGUGGCUGACCACCGCGACAUCUUCCCCAACCUCCACCGCGUGCUGCCCAAGUCCUGGCAGAUGCUGGAGGAGCUGCACUUUAAGCCCCAGGACCUGUGGCUCUCGUGGUGGGACUCGGCCCGUUUGGGCCUCCAGGCUGGGCUCACGGAGGACCGCCUGCAGAGUGCCCUGUCGUACCUGCACGAGAGUGGGAAGCUACUCUACUUCGAGGACAGUCUGACACUAAAGGAGUACGUCUUCCACAACCUGCCACGCUUCAUCGCCAUCCUCAACGUCUUCUUCCAGAGGGAUGAGUCCACGUUGCUGGAGAGGCUACUGUCGGACGGUGAGAGGGGGGACAAGAGGAGGGCCAGUGUGGUUAUAGAUGGGGAGAAGGGAGAAAACCUCAGGGCUACCCAUCUACAGCACCAUGUGGAGGGCUUCCUCAGCCACGGCCUCCUGCCUUCCAACGUCAUCCGGCUGCUCCUGAGACCUCUCAUCCAAACCCAGCAGGACCUCCACCUCAUCAUGGAGCUGCUGGAGAAGAUGGGGGUGUGCUACUGCAUCAACAAGGCCCGCAGCAAGCCUCUGAACGGGGCCACCGUCUGGUACAAGUUCCCCAGCUAUGUCAGCAAUGAGGAGCCCCAUGCCGAGGCCUGGGUGAACAGCAGCUCAGUGGCUGCUAGUCAGUUCUUCUCUUUAGAGCAGCUGCAGAUUGAAUACAGCUUCCCCUUUCUCUUCCCUCCUGGACUGUUUGCACGCUACAGUGUGCAGAUCAACAGCCAUGUGGUUCAGAGGUCAGACGGGAGGCACCAGAUCUUUGCCUAUCGUGGUAAAGUGCCUGUGGUGGUCAGCUACCGGCCGGCUCGAGGCAGGCUGCAGGCCGAGUCACUGUCCAUAGCCAGCCAUGCCUCCCUGCCAAAUAUCUGGACUGCUUGGCAAGCGAUAAUCCCACUGGUUGAGGAGCUGAAUGUCCUUCUGCAGGAGUGGCCCGGACUCUACUACACUGUUCAUGUUCUGUGUUCCAAGUGCCUCAAGAGAGGGUCACCCAACCCACACACCUUCCCAGGUGAGCUGCUAAGCCAGCCGCGCCCCGAGGGGCUGACUGAGAUCAUCUGCCCAAAGAACGGUUCGGAGCGGGUCAACGUGGCACUGGUUUACCCCCCUACGCCCACCAUGGUCAGCCCCUGUCUCAAAUGAGCCCUGCUGCCUGGCCUCUAGUGUCCUGUCCUGUCUGACUGUACCCUCACGCUGCCUUCCUCUCUAGUCAACACCUGAGUCUGAACCCCACACCCCAGCUGUCCCUCUGAAUCUCCUCAACCCACCCAGGCAGCAGCCUGACUGGACACAUAGCCAUGCAAGGUCACAGAGAUACGCACUGUCAGCUGGAUGGAGCAGAGCAGAUAACUUUUUUUAUCUUUUCUUUUUUAGGUUAUCCAGCUGUUCCUACACUGCCUCACCAUGGUGACAAAGACGGUAUUAAAGGACUUUGGCUGAAAGCAAACCUGGGUUGUUUUUAAGACCCAUGCAAGCCAUCAACAAGCAGUGUAUUUUCCAACUGGCCUACUCUAUAAUGCCCUCCAGAACUCUGACAAACCUCUGCCUACAACCUGUCUAAGACCAAACACAGGAAAUUAACCUAUCCAUGCUAUCAGUGGGCAAAGACUUGGACUGGUUUCUCUCUUUACUACUUAGUGGUGUCAUGAAAUGUUGGAAACCUCUUGGCUGGACUGCUACCCAUUCUAACUUCCUGUAAUGCUGCUUAUCCUGUUCACAUGUCAAGGCUGUGAUUGAUGAACGUAGGAAAGAGAACUGACUGAACCUCCUACGUUAUCAUGCUGUUUGUAAACCAAAUAAUGUCUUGUAUAUCCAAAUACAUUAACCACACUCCUGAACACACGUUACCCAUGUACAGACCUUAUCCUUUGCUUUAGCUUGCAAAUGGACAGAUCUUACAUAUUAUUACAGACAUAUACUGAACAAAAAUAUAAACGCAACAUGCACCAAUUUCAAAGAUUUUACUGAGUUACAGUUCAUA